UUGUGCAUGUUGUACUAAGCCAGAAGUCAGUAGCCUCUCUCUUGUCUAGGGGCUGGCUGGACAAGGUGACUUCUGUUUUCUCAUGGUUUUCCCAACCUUUCAGAGAGGCACCACCAGAGGAAGCCGCCCCCGCGGAACCACCCGCUGAGGGAGAGGAGAAAAAGGAGGAGGAAGAAGUAAAGAAGGAAGAAGAAGAGAAGAAGCCAGAGGACCCAGAGGAGUCAGGAUUGUGGGAGGAAACCUUUAAAUCCUUCCAUGAUCCUAAGCCCAAUGGUCCUGCCUCUGUUGGUAUUGACAUCUCAUUCCCGGGUUUUGAGAAUGUGUACGGAAUUCCUGAACAUGCUGAAAGUAUGGCACUCAAAACCACAAAAGACACAGACCCCUAUCGUUUGUUUAACUUGGACGUGUUUGAGUAUGAAUUAUACAACCCCAUGGCUCUUUAUGGAUCUGUACCUGUCAUGUGGGCCCACAAUGAGAAGAGCACGGUGGGGAUAUAUUGGAACAAUGCUGCAGAGACCUGGAUAGACAUCAGCUCCACAACAGCAGACAAGAAUUUCUUUUCUAAAAUUGCGGACCUGGUGAAGGGAAACACAGAGAUGGCCCAGAUGGACACUCACUGGUUUUCUGAGAGUGGGGUCAUUGACGUGUUUGUGAUGCUGGGUCCCCGCCCCAAAGACGUCUUCAAACAGUACGCCACUCUGACCGGGUCCACAGAACUCCCACCGCUCUUUGCGAUUUCAUAUCACCAGUGCAGGUGGAAUUAUAAUGACCAAGAAGAUGUUAAAAAUGUUGAUGCCAAUAUGGACCUGUUUGACAUCCCGUUUGAUGUGAUUUGGUUAGACAUUGAACAUACAGAUGGUAAAAGAUACUUUACCUGGGAUGCCCACAAGUUCCCGGGCUCUAAGGACAUGCUGGAUGCUGAAGGAGCUAAGGGGAGAAAGAUGGUGACGAUCGUGGACCCUCAUCUGAAGCGAGACGACAACUACAAGGUGUACGCCGACGCUAAAAACAGGGACCUCAUGGUGAAGGGUGGGAACGGAGGGGAAUACGAGGGGUGGUGCUGGCCAGGUUCCUCAAGCUGGCCCGACUUCACUAACCCUGAGGUCAGAAACUGGUGGGCCUCUAAAUUUCAGUAUUCUGAAUACGAUGGAAGCACCCCUGACCUGUAUAUCUGGAAUGACAUGAACGAACCUUCUGUCUUUAAUGGGCCAGAAAUUACAUUUCACAAAGACGUACUUCAUCACGGUGGAUUUGAAAACAGAGACGUACACAAUUUAUAUGGAUUUUAUGUGCAAAAAGCCACAGCUGAGGGGAUUCUGAUGAGAUCUAACAAUGAGCAGAGACCAUUUGUCCUCACCAGGGCUUUCUUUGCAGGGUCCCAGAGGUUUGGUGCAGUAUGGACUGGAGACAAUAUGGGUGAAUGGUCACAUCUUAAGGUGUCUGUACCCAUGUUACUGACCCUGAACUUGGCUGGAAUAACCUUCUCAGGAGCUGACGUGGGUGGCUUCUUCAAGAACCCUGAUAAUGAACUGCAGACCCGCUGGUAUCAGGCUGCAGCCUUCCAACCAUUCUUCAGAGCUCACGCCCACAUUGACACAAAGAGACGAGAGCCAUACUUAUUACCGGAGGAGAACAGGAAUAUAGUCCGGGACGCCAUCCGCCAGCGAUACACUUACCUCCCUUUCUGGUACACGCUGUUUUACCAUGGUUAUCGUAGCGGCGAGACGGUCAUGAGUCCACUGUGGGUCGAGUUUCCUGAGGAUAAAAGCACAUUCAAAAUGGAUGAUGAAUAUUUAUUAGGAUCUUCACUUUUGGUCAAACCAAUCACAGAUCAGGGGGCAACUGGAACAACUGUGUAUUUCCCUGGCAAAAACGAUGUAUGGUAUGAUAUACAGACGUACCAGAGCUAUGGAGGUGCUCAGAACACUUACAUUAAUGCACCUCUGGGAAAAAUCCCGGUCUUUCAGAGGGGUGGAUCCAUUGUUCCACGUAAAAUGAGGGUGCGGAGGUCCUCCUCCUUAAUGACAGCUGAUCCCUUCACUUUGGUUAUUUGUCUCAAUAAACAGGGGGAGGCUGAGGGAGAUUUGUAUGCAGAUGAUUAUAAAUCAUUCGCUUACAGAAGUGGAAAUUACAUUCACAGAGAAUUUAGCUUCAAAAAUAAUAUAUUACAAAGCAGUAAUGCAGAUCCAAAUGGACAAGGAUCAACUAAAGAAUGGCUAGAAAAAUUAGUCAUCGUAGGAUUUCCUAAAGCUGCAUCCAGCGUACAUAUUACAGUUGAUGGAAAUUCCCAGUCUCUUUAUCAUAGUUAUGACAGUACCAGUCGAGUGCUAACAGUCAGGAAGCCAGGGGUUAACAUUGCUAAAGAUUUCACUAUCACCCUUCAGUAAAAAGCAGCCUCAUUAGUCCAUAUUAUCACCAAGGAGCCAAUCAGGAAUUGUGAAACAUUUCAAAGCUCUGAAUUUCAUUGUCAUCUCUCUAUUUUUUGACCCCUCACCUCACUUUUGAAUCAAAUGGAUGUUUACUUACAAUUAGUGAUUAUGUUUUUGUCUUGGAAUUUUGUAUGAACAUUUUCCAAGGAAUUGUUUUAUAUUUAAAAACUAUUUGAUGAUUCAUUUUUUUUGUAGAGGCAAUACCAAAAAAACUUACAGUAUUUUAAUAAUGGCAUUUUACAAUAUUAAUAAUGCUACAUCUCAUAGUCUGAGAACAAAAAGUUUUCUGUACUGAAAAUGGGACGGGAUUUAUUUAUUAUUUUCAUAAUAUAAUCUUAUUUCUACCAAUGACUUUUAGUUAAAAAUAUUUAUAUCCAAAGAAUGAAAUUUUAAAAAAAAAUCAGAGAUAGGUUUAAACAAAUUACAAAAUUAUCAUAAAACUUCUGAUUUUGAAUUUUUAAUCAAGAUAGUAUAUACCAGCAUGUACUUAUACAUGUUUCAAUGUAGAACAUUCCAUGUUUCUAGUUUUUUUUUUUUUUUUGAAUGACAGUUAAUACAACAUGAUUGUCCCACAAUUAGAAUCUGUAUUAAAAUUUUGAAAAUAUAUUGGGUCCAGAUAAACAGACAUUAGAAGCCAGCAGAUAUACAUUAUGUACCCAAAUUAUGUAUUAUUAAGGUUUUGAAAUUGAAUGAAAUGAAAAUGAAAAAAAUAUAAUAUAAAAAUACAGUAACAUAUGUGAAAACAGUUGUAAGAGGGUAAAUCUACAAUGUAAGUCAAUAGUUACCUCUUUAAAAGAAAUGUAUUUCAAAAACAACUUUUUGUUAACAAUAGCCCUGUUUCUUUUAUGAGUAAAAGCCUUCUGAAAUAAUUCUGACUUGUUACAUACAAAAGCUGGCAUUGAGUGCGGUAUACUUCAGCCUUUUUAUAAAUCUUAAAAUUAUGUUUUAUAAAGUAAUUUUUUCAAGGUUGGAGAUAAAUUGCUUAUAAAGCUGAACAGCACUAGUUUUUCAAAGAAGAUAAAUCCUUUUUUUUAUUUUUGUAGAUCUUUAAGUUAAAACAUAUUUUCUAUAUUCAUUUGGUCAGAAUGAUGCUUUUUGUGUUUGUACCAGUGAUAUUUGUUUAUGUACUAGCAUGUACCGAAGUCAGAGAAGUUCAAGAAAAAUUAUUAGCCAUCAUUUUUACAGUGUGUGCUAAAUUAUAUCAGAUUUCAGAAAUCUGAAAAAUCAUUGUUAUUGAUUAUCAGGAUGGGGUAUCUCCAUUAUUGCUGGGUAAACAUUAAUUCUGUAAUUAUAUUGUUAGCAUUGUGUUGUAUCCAGUUUAAUACAUUGUAAAGUGCUGUCUAAAUUAUUGCUGAUUAUAUAUUAAGUGCUAUGAAUCUAAUUACAAAAAAAGCUGUAUAUUGAAAAUAUUGAGCAGGUUGAAAAUUUGUUUUUCAUAUUAUAGAUAGUUUUUGAUUCAUAUUUAAGUUAAAACAAAAAUAUAUUCCUCAUUUAAAACAGAUUAGGGUUAGAAAUAUGAUAUACAUGUAUUUUGAUAGAGUUAUUGAUAUAGAGUUGAUAUAUACAUGAUAAGUCACAUGUGACUUUAUGGUUGUUCACGGUUUUAAAAAUUGGUCAAACACGUUGCUUUCUAAUUAUUUUCAAAACUCUUAGAUUUAAGAACUGCUAGACAGCUCAUUUUCUUAUUGAAGGGGGAAAUUGCAAUACCUGUUUGCAUGUAUUAAAAAAUGCAUAAGAUUGUUCUGAUAAAAAAGUGGAAAAUUUAAAUAAACAAAAAAAAAACCAGAAA